AUGCUUCUGUUUUGCCCGACCUGCUCCAACAUUCUCAUCGUAGAGGAAGGUCUCAAUUGCUUUCGGUUUGCCUGCAACACAUGUCCGUACGUGCACAACAUUAAGCAGAAGAUGUCAAACCGCAAGUACCCGAGACUCAAGGAUGUUGAUGACGUACUCGGAGGUGCUGCUGCGUGGGAGAAUGUGGAUUCAACUGAGGAAAAAUGUCCUAAGUGCAGCCAUAGCCGCGCCUAUUUCAUGCAGAUUCAAACACGAUCAGCCGAUGAGCCCAUGACUACAUUCUACAAGUGCUGCAGUCCUCAGUGUGGGCAUCAGUGGAGAGACUGA